GGCAGCUCCAGCGGGAGCUCUGGGGACGCGGCGCGCGCCGGGGGCGCGGCGGGCGGGAGGAAGUGCGGAGCCUGCCCGGGCGCGUUAAGGAAGUUGCCCAAAAUGAGGAAGCGCCGAGCGUCGGGCGGCUGCAGCACUCCGGCGACGGCAGGAGCGAGCAGCGGGCGACCCCGCGUUGCGCCCCGAGCUGCCCCGGACGCUGCUCCGGCCCGCGGCCCGUCCUCGCCGCGCCCGGCACAGGUAUCAGUUUUAGACAGUGUCUGCUGACUUCCUGCUCUAAGAAGCGAGCCCUACCCUACCAUCCCUCCGGAAAAUCAUUCUGUAAAUUGGGGUUAAGAAGCCACUUGGUGCCCCCUGUGACUGUUACUGCUGAAGAGACCCCUGUGUGCCCUCGGUGACCCGCAGGUGCCGGCAUGGCCGGAAGCAUGGGCGACAGCGCCAACCACCUGUCCUUCUUCUUUGGCAACAUCACCCGGGAGGAGGCGGAGGACUACCUGGUGCAGGGGGGCAUGAGCGACGGGCUCUACCUGCUGCGCCAGAGCCGCAACUACCUGGGCGGCUUCGCACUGUCAGUGGCACAUGGCCGCAAGGCGCACCACUACACCAUUGAGCGUGAGCUCAAUGGCACCUAUGCCAUUGCAGGUGGCCGUGCGCACAGCAGCCCCGCUGAGCUCUGCCAGUACCACUCCCAGGAGUCGGACGGCCUCAUCUGCCUCCUCAAGAGGCCCUGCAACCGGCCGCCCGGUGUGCAGCCCAAGACCGGGCCGUUUGAGGACCUGAAGGAGAACCUCAUCCGGGAGUAUGUGAAGCAGACCUGGAACCUGCAGGGCCAAGCUCUGGAGCAGGCCAUCAUCAGCCAGAAACCUCAGCUGGAGAAACUGAUCGCCACCACGGCCCAUGAAAAAAUGCCCUGGUUCCAUGGAAAAAUCUCCCGGGACGAAUCUGAGCAGAUUGUCCUGAUAGGGUCAAAGACAAAUGGAAAAUUUUUGAUCAGGGCCAGGGAUGGCAACGGGUCUUAUGCUCUGUGCCUGCUGCACGAGGGGAAGGUGCUGCACUACCGCAUCGACAAGGACAAAACGGGGAAGCUCUCCAUACCUGACGGAAAGAAGUUCGACACACUCUGGCAGCUAGUCGAGCAUUAUUCUUAUAAGCCAGAUGGUCUGUUAAGAGUUCUUACAGUUCCAUGUCAGAAAAUUGGCGGGCAAAUGGGAAAUAUUAAUUUUGGAGGUCGUGCACAACUUCCAAGUUCCCAUUUUAUGACUUGGUCGGCAGGUGGAAUAAUCUCAAGAAUCAAAUCAUACUCCUUCCCAAAGCCUGGCCACAGAAAGACCCCCUCGUCCCAAGGGAGCCGGCCAGAGAGCUCCGUGUCGUUCAACCCCUAUGAGCCAGACCGGGGGCCCUCGGACCGAGAAACCCAGAGAGAAGCCUUGCCCAUGGACACAGAAGUGUACGAAAGCCCCUACGCGGACCCCGAGGAGAUCAGGCCCAAGGAGGUCUACCUGGACCGAAAGCUGCUGACGCUGGAGGAGCAGGAACUGGGCUCUGGUAACUUUGGGACCGUGAAGAAGGGCUACUACCAGAUGAAAAAAGUUUGUGAGUAUUGUUUCUGCCUUAAAACCUGGGAAGCAUUAAGAGGUUUCUGCUUGUUAAUUUUGACCCCUACGUUACACCAUCCACAAAACCAGCUCCAGAUGGAUGGCAGACUGAACUGUGAAACGCGAAGCAACAAGCUGUGUAAAGAUGAUUUAGGAGAAUUUUUCCAUGAUCUCAGGAGGAGAAUGAGGGGCCCACCCAGGUGCUGGUGGUGGUCUGAACCUCUGUCUGGAGUCGUGAAAACAGUGGCUGUGAAAAUACUGAAAAAUGAGGCCAAUGACCCUGCUCUUAAAGACGAGUUGUUAGCGGAAGCAAAUGUCAUGCAGCAACUCGACAACCCGUACAUCGUGCGCAUGAUCGGGAUAUGUGAGGCCGAAUCCUGGAUGCUGGUGAUGGAGAUGGCGGAACUUGGCCCACUCAAUAAAUACUUACAGCAGAACAGGCAUGUCAAGGAUAAGAACAUUAUAGAGCUGGUUCAUCAGGUUUCUAUGGGAAUGAAAUACUUGGAGGAAUGCAAUUUUGUGCACAGAGAUCUGGCUGCAAGAAAUGUAUUGCUGGUUACUCAGCAUUAUGCCAAGAUCAGUGAUUUUGGACUUUCCAAAGCUCUUCGUGCUGACGAGAACUACUACAAGGCGCAGACCCACGGGAAGUGGCCGGUGAAGUGGUACGCUCCAGAGUGCAUCAACUACUACAAGUUCUCCAGCAAGAGUGACGUCUGGAGCUUCGGAGUGCUGAUGUGGGAAGCGUUUUCUUACGGACAAAAGCCGUAUCGAGGAAUGAAAGGAAGUGAAGUGUCUGCCAUGCUGGAGAAAGGAGAGAGGAUGGGGUGCCCCCAGGGCUGUCCGAGAGAGAUGUACGAGCUGAUGAAGCUCUGCUGGACGUAUGAGGUGGAGAACAGGCCAGGAUUCGUAGCGGUGGAACUGAAGCUGCGCAAUUACUACUACGAUGUGGUCAACUAAGUGCCCCACGCCUGUCUGUGGCCGCCUGUGAACAGAAGGGCAGCCGCAGGGAGACAUGGCCCAGCGUGUCGAUUUUGAGUCUCCACCUCCCUUGGCCUGGCAGAAGAACUGACCUAGGUGGAACAUGCCCCUGGCUGUUGCUCCCUAGGCCUGUCCUGAAAUCCAGCCUGUGCACAGCAAACCCGUGUCAGAAGAGCCUCAGGAAGAAAGAUGCACACCCGGAUCUGAGCACUGAUAGAAAUGCUGCCUGUGGUUUUCAUGGUGGGGUCUUUCCAGGGUCUGUUUCCAGAGUCCCGAUGUGCCUUCCAGCCCUCUGGCCCUGCACAUCGUGUGAGGUGGUGGCCUCGCCCACCCAGGUGUUGGCAGUGGCCCAAAGGCUGUGAGCCUGAGCCCCUGCAGAGGAGGGGAUGCUGGGCCUGGGCGGGUGGCGCUGCCUCCAGAACUUGACAGCACGGCCACAGGACUGAGCCCUACCCUGAGAGGCUUUCCUGACCACAAAACCAUUUGAGGCUUCAAAAGCAGCCACGCUGGACCACUGCCGUUUCUCAGCAUGUAGCCAGUGAUGGGAAAAGUCUGGAUUCUGCGUUUGCUCUGUGUGUCUGAGGCAGAAGACUCUGUCUGCGUGUGAGGAGCCUCUGGGGAUGGGCCAGCUUGGCUGACGCUCCUCCUGGUGCUGCUCCCAUGGACUCUCUGGGGUCUGCACGUGGGGACUAGUAAAUAAAGUUUGUGGAGAUCAUGUGGGG